AUGAAUGAUCGACUGAAUGGCAUCCUGCAGAAGCUGAAGGCUAAUGAGGAUGCGAGUUUGCCCACCGGAAGUGGGAGGCUACUUCCACCCAAGGUGCUGGAGAACUUGAAGAAGGCUUCCACGUUCAAGUCGGAGGCGAUCCUGCCAAGCGAUCAGUGGAGCAAGGAUGAUGAUGAGAUUCCAUUGCAGCAUGCUGACGACGAAGAUCCCGAAACAGAAGCCCGAAAGAACAAGAAGAAGAAGAAGACUGAUGCCUGUGCAAAGCUAGAGGCACCACGCAAAAAGCCCAAGCAAAGUAGCGCUGGGGACAGCAGCAAGGCUGCUGACACUCAGACCCUCUACAAGCCAGGGGAGUUCAAGGAUCAACGAUUCGCGUACAUCAACCGCAUGAAGGCGAAGAAGGGCAUCUCAUUCCGCGAGGCUUCCGCUAUGUGGAAGACUUCCAAGAAGCGAGCAGCCCUCCUCUCGGGCUUGAGUGAGGGAGAAAUGAAGAAACGACGAUUCCUUUGA